AUGGUACUUUCUCUCCGCUACAAUGCUGUGCGUCACAGUCCGUGUCACCGUGUUUCAUCUUGUGACUUAGUACCUAUAUGUGACGCGGUGCUUUGGAGCACACAGACAACUGACAUGGCAGUACUGCAGUGGAAACAGCACGCAAACCGGCCUCCCGUCCUGCAACAAGUCGUCGCCGGUUAUUCCUUCUUCAUAUGUUUGUUUAGGACGGCUCUCUUUAUGUUCCUGUUACGCAAUGCAAACAGCACUCCCUAUAAUCACCUGGUUGAUGAUGAUGAUGCGCUUGUGGACCAGCAAGAGUGUUUAUUUAUAUGUGUGACUGAGUCAGCCGUUGUGUGA